GGUGAAGCCGGGGCAGUCCAGGGAUGGAUGGGACCUUCCACAGAACCGCGGCUCCUCAUGGACAGGAGCAGGGCACUAGUGUGCCGGGCUAGCGCUGUCUAGGGGAAGGCGUGAUCGUCCUUUGGAGGAGAAACCGUGUUGAUGUCCCUCGCCUUCCCUGCCAUCAGCGGUGAAGAGUACACGUGUACUGACUUGGGCGGAACGAUGUUUCAAAAAUUAAGGAAACAAUCCAAGAUGGACGACAUUUCACUUCCGCCCGGCCUGCUGACGUCACGCGCUAAAAGGAUGGCCCAGAAUAUCUUCUCGCUGUGUGACGUAGACGAGAAGGGUUUCAUUACUAUGAGAGACCUGGAGAUCGCUCUGUCAGAAUACAGUGAACUGUGCCUCACUCCGGAGCAGGUCGAGUACGUCUUCAGCCUCCUGGACACCCAGCGGUCGGGUAGGCUGCACCGCGACCAGUUCGUGUCGGCGUUCGAACGUUUUUUGAUGAUAGAUCACAGUCAGAUGAUGCUGGGCACAGGCAACAUGGAGGAUGGGCUGGACGAGAUGUACGAGUCGCAGACGCCGCCCGUAUCUCCUGAUAUACUCACGCUGCAGGCUGAAUGGGACUCCUUCCUCAGAAGCGUCGGGGGGAACGUACUGCUGGAGGGUAACAAUGACCUACAGGGGCUGUGGCAGCGCCUGCGCCAGGACGAGCCGGAGCUGCUGCGGCCGUUUGAAGUGUUCCUGCGGAACGCCAUCUGUGAGAUCUACGAGAUGCAGACCAAGUGUGACAGUGUCGUCCGGAGUAAGUCCAUGCUGCAUAGCCAAGAGGUGAAGAGAUUGUACGAGGAGAUGGAGGUCCAGCUGUCGAAAGAAAGAGAGAAAAUUAGAGUGGAGGUCGAAGAAAGAAUGCGAGUGGAACUUGCGAGAAAACUUGAGGAAAAGGACGAUCAACUUCGAGAACUGAACCAAAGGCGAAAGGAGUUAGAACUGAUGCUAAAGGACCUCGAUCACAGAGAAAAAGAAAAGGACAAGAGAUACCAAGAGCUUGAAGAGAUGAUAGCAGAGCUGACUGUCAAAGAAGCGCAGAUCAUGAAGGAGAACGAAGUGCUACAGAGGGAAAACUUGAAACUACAAGCCCAGUUGGACGAGUCCCUUCAUAGUCUGGAGGAAAGUCAAGAACUCUGUAUUCAGAUGCAGGAGAAACUACAUAAGGAACGGGCACUACUGUCCAGAGACUACGAAGAUGCGGUCAUGGAAAACGAAAGGAAGGCGAAAGAAAGAGAUGACUUGGAAUUCCAGCUGCAGAAACUGAAACAAAAGAUGUCAGAAGAGAGAGCUGACGAGUUGUCCAAAAUCGCACAUGAAGUUGAGUGUGACACAACGUCUCAGACCGUCAGAACACCUGACAGGUGUUUCAAGAUCAUCCUUGUGGGCGACUCAGGUGUGGGCAAGACCAGCUUCAUCCACAGGUUCUGUAAAAACACCUUCAGUCCCAAGAGACAGGUCACAGUAGGUAUAGGGUACUACAUGAAGACCAUGGUGACGGCAAACUCCAUCAUAUCUCUACAGAUAUGGGACACGGCAGGCCAAGAACGGUUCCGGAGCAUCCCCAACUCUUACUUCAGAAAGGUCGACGGGGUCAUGCUGCUCUACGACUUGACGUGCGAGGAAUCCUUCAAGAACGUCAAUAAUUGGAUGCAGGACAUUCAGACUGGGGUGGAUGAAGGGAACGCCACCGCUGUGACAGUGCUGGUGGCGAACAAGCACGACUUAGCCGAGAAACACCGGAUCGUGAGCGAGUCUGCGGGCCUGAACCUGGCGAAGGAGUAUGACGCGCUGUUUGUUGAGACGAGUGCCAAGCUGGGAACGAACGUCGCGCAGUCUUUUGAAAUCCUCACAAGAAAGCUGCAGGAGAGAGAGGACGAACAGAUCAGAAGCCUCCCCAUUGACGACAGACAACAGCAAGAGGCGGCCAAAAGAAAGAAGAAAUGCUGCUGAACGCAUCCAACCGCAAUCAGAACGGGCGGUGCGACCGCAACAACCAAACACAAACAAAACACAUCUGUUAAUACGUCAUUAUCUUUCGACGGUCAUGAAGACUUAAGAGUGCCAGUUGAUUCUAUGAGUACAUACUGACUACAGAGAGACGAUUAUAACUCUGAUCCAUAACAUACGCAAUCCCACAGUAUACCAUGAUAAUGGGGUGGGUUUAUAUUAUACUGUACGGAAAGCAUCUUCCUUUGUCGUGCCAUUUUCUUCUAUCUGUUCGAUGUGAAAAGCUUGGUGUUUAAAACAAGCUAUUUGCAGAUAUUCGUUUUCGAUAGGAAAAUAGUGAUACCCUAUUACUCUGGGUAAAGAUUAGUACAUUUUGUAUGUAUAUACAGAAGACAUAAUCGCUGGUGAGUUUCCAUAUGAUAUUAAAAAACGGAUUUAACAGGUACUUAAUACACAGAACACAGCUGACUGUCAGACUUCUGCCACGGGAAUAACUGACAAAAGGCGAGUAUGAGUGGCUGUCUAGAGCGAAAAGCUCAUUCUAGAGACAAAAUACCCAAGAUCGAAUGAAUUGCGUUUGCAUUUCGAGAGCUUUCAGGUAGGAUGGAAUUCGUGUUUUAUUACAAUGUUACGUGCCAAUUCUCGCAAUUUGGUUGCAUUUGCAGCUAUGUAUACGGACACUAGGUUGAUGUGGAAAACUGCUAUUACAUGUAUUUGGUAAUUCUACUUUCCUCUUAGGUACUGCCAUCCGGCGGUAUCAUGGAUCUAACUUACACAGUCAUACGAUUAAGUACCCCAGGCAUGUUUCGGACAGCAGGAGCGCUAGUUCUUUUGCACCGCUGCUUGUACUCGUGUCUGCUGUAGUUCCGUGGUCAGUAAUGGGACCCGUACCCGUGCUGACUCCACCGUCUGCUGCACGGUAAUGUUGCCUAUUCUCUGAAAGCUGCUCGCUUCUGUGAGACUGAAUCCGCCCGUCGAAACAGCUGAUAGAGAAUAAUGGCUACCUUUAUAUAUCUCUAUAUGACUCUACAGCCCCUCCCAUUGUGAGUUCCCAUGUACAUACCAUAUAUUUGCCUUGCCUGGAGGCCUUUUACGAUAACCAUCCCAGACAAGGUCAUUUUUCUCUCAGUGCGCGGUCGUUAUCGAUAUUUUAUGACUUGAAAGCAGUAUAAUGAUAUAAAAUGGAGUCCUUUCCAUUACCUCUUACAGCGUAAAUUCCAUUUUAUCAAAGCCUAAAGACUUAUUUAAUGUGUGUGCGCGAUUGAAUUAUUAUUACCAAAUACCGUCUGCGCUCUGUAGAACGCCUAUAUAGGAAUUUCAGCCAGGCAAGCUUAGAUAAAGGGUAGAGCCCAUCCCGUGGGCGAUCACAGCUGGAUGGCCCAGGGACGGAGUUUGGAGACAUUAGAAAACGUUUGGAAUGGUACUUUAUAGGUCUGUUGCAAUACUGAUUGAGCGUUAUUUUGCAUUGUACAAAAACCAUCUAAAUGUACAAAGAAAGUAUAUAUUAUACUUCCGCAUUGACAUGGUCAAGACAUGUUGCAUGGUUUCUGUCAGGCGAGUUAUGUUUGAUAUGUGUAAAUACUAUUAUAUGUAUUCAUAUCGUAAAAGUGUGGCGUAGUUUUUAUUUGUUUGAAAAGUAUUGUUGUAACUUGAUUUUAAACACAGAGUAUAUUUACUCCAGAAUAUCCUAAGGACCCGUCUCAGAUGUAUGUGGAGAUCUUUUUGUGUUAGAAUCUGAAUUAGGAGAAUUUCACUUACACUUGUUCAAUAUAUUUUAAGUGAUAUACAACUGAAUGUACGUUGUUCACAAGAUGACUGUAAGAGGUUUAUCUAAUGUUAUAUACAAAUGGGUCGUGAAGACCGUACCAUAAACCACACAAUGGAACAUUUAAUCAGUUUGACUCUAAUCACAUAACUCAUCUAACUGUCCAUGUAAAGUUAUGUAUAUGCGAUAUCAUGUGAAUGCUAUCAUGUGAAUACAAGGAUAGGAAGGAAUCACCUUCGUCCAUAAUCGCAACUAUUGCUAUGUCCUUAAAACAACUCACGACUUGAAUCAAGUCUUUGUGUCAAGCUCAAAACUUGAACAAGCUCAAGACUUGGACCAGCUAUGGCUUAUAUCAACACGUCAGUGCGUCGUGACUUGAUAUAAAGACAUGUUUCAGUCACUGAACAAAGGGGAUUGCUGAUUGUGGAAUUGAACUAAUUUGACACAAUGAAAAUUAAAAGAGAACACAUUACUCUAACAACAUCGCUUAUAUAUAUAUAUAUAUAUAUAUAUAUAUAUAUAUAUAUAUAUAUUCCAAGUACUAUGUGCCGUGUAGAUAGAGCCAGUCCAUGGUGCUUGUAAGUUAGGUGAUGUAUAAAGUCUUGAGAGCGUGUACAUAUUUAAACAGACUUCACACAGAAGAGAUCAUAGACAGACCUGCACCUGUUACUUGUUAUUCUCUUGUUUUCUCGAGCGAUGCGUAUGUUACGUUGCGACAAAAGAUGUCAUUAAAACCGAUGGUUG